AUGCAGGGCACUUGGAUGCCACUGCUGCUGCUGGUCCUGAAACUUCAACUCGUACUUGGCAUCAUCCCAGCUGAGGAGGAAGAUCCAGCCUUCUGGAACCGGCAGGCAGUCCAGGCCCUGAAUGCCGCCAAGAACCUGCAGCCAAUCCACACAGCCGCCAAGAACCUCAUUCUCUUCCUGGGGGACGGCAUGGGGCUGCCCACGGUGACAGCCACUCGGAUUCUAAAAGGGCAACUGAAUGGCAAGCUGGGACCUGAGACACCCCUGGCCAUGGACCACUUCCCGUACGUGGCUCUGUCCAAGACAUACAACGUGGACAGGCAGGUACCAGACAGUGCAGGCACAGCUACAGCCUACCUGUGUGGGGUCAAAGGUAACUACGAGACCAUCGGCCUGAAUGCAGCUGCCCGCUUAAACCAAUGCAACACGACCCAUGGCAACGAGGUCAUCUCUGUGCUAAGCCGGGCCAAGAAAGCAGGAAAGUCUGUGGGAGUGGUGACCACCACCCGGGUGCAGCAUGCCUCACCGGCUGGCACAUACGCACACGUGGCAAACCGGGACUGGUACUCCGAUGCCGACAUGCCUGCCGAGGCGCUGAAUGAGGGUUGCCAGGACAUUGCUUCUCAGCUCAUCUCCAACACUGAGAUUGACGUGAUCCUGGGCGGAGGCCGCAAGUACAUGUUCCCCAAGGGAAUCGCAGACCCUGAGUACCCACACUUGAAUGGAGUCAGGCUGGAUGGCCGGAACCUGGUCCAGGAGUGGUUAGACAAGUACCAGGGUGCCCGCUACGUGUGGAAUCGCACAGCACUCAUCCAGGCCUCCUCGGACCCCUCAGUGACACACCUCAUGGGCCUGUUUGAACCUGGAGACACAAAGUAUGAUGUAAAUCGAGACCCCGCCCAGGACCCUUCUCUGCUGGAAAUGACUGAGGCAGCCCUUCGCAUGCUGAGCAGGAAUCCCCAGGGCUUCUUCCUCUUCGUGGAAGGGGGCCGCAUCGACCAUGGUCACCACGAUGGCACGGCAUACUUGGCACUGACUGAAGCCGUCAUGUUCGACACCACCAUUGACAGGGUGGGACAGCUCACCAACGAAAAGGAUACAUUGACCAUCGUCACCGCGGACCACUCCCACGUCUUCUCUUUUGGAGGCUACACAAAACGAGGGACCUCUAUCUUUGGACUGGCAAACAGUAAGGCCGCGGACGGCAAGACCUACACCUCCAUCCUGUAUGGCAACGGGCCAGGUUACGUCGGCAACGUUUCCCGACCGGAAGUCACGGAAGACAUUAGCAAGAGUCCCUCGUACAUGCAGCAGACGGCAGUGCCCCUGAAGUCGGAGACGCACGGAGGCGAGGACGUGGCGGUGUUCGCGCGCGGCCCGCAGGCGCACCUGGUGCACGGCGUCCAGGAAGAGACCUUUGUGGCGCACAUCUUGGCCUUCGCCGCCUGCCUCGAGCCCUACACAGACUGCGACCUGGAGCCGCCCGCCGGCACCACCCACCCCACAGCCCCGGUUCCCACCACGGCCGCCGCGCUCCCCACCCCGCCGCUCUCCUGGCUGCUGCUGGCGGGGGCGCUGCUGCUAAGGUUGUUCUUAGAGCCCGCCCCUUGA